CCGAAGAAAGUGAAAUUAACGUAAAACCAAACCAGUGGACCACCAAACCCUUCCUAAGCUGCUGUUACGUUUCGCAUCUGCUCCUCACUGCCGAAGCGGAGCAGCGACUCCGCCAGGCAAGAGAACCUUCGAUUUCCUUCUCCAAUCAUUGGUUGCUUAAAUGGAGGGCACCCAUGAGAAAGGCGACGAACCAUCUGUAGAAAUUCCAGAGUGUGUGCUGGACAAGAAACAAGAAACUUCUAAUGAAAUGCUUGCUAGGCACAGGAAGGAGAGAGCUGAGCUGCAAAACAAGGAAACUGCACUGAAAAAGGCAGCUGCUAAAGGCAGCAAGGCUGAACAAAAAGCUAAGAAAAAGCAGGUGGAGGAAGAGAUUUCUCAACUUUCCUCAAAGCUCAAACAAACACAUGCGGAGGAACUUGCCUCCUUAGGCUAUUGCAGCAGCAAUGGAAAGGAGAAGACUGAUCUUGACAAUUUGGUGAAGGCCAUAGCUGGAGUUUCAGUUGCCACUCAUGCUGACCAUUCGAAACCCAGCAAGAGUGUCAAGAGACGAGGGAAAAGAGCUCAACAAGAAGCAGAAAGAGAGCAAAGAAUACAAGAAGAGCAGAGCAGUAUUGUAAGUGAUCGAAUUAUUGAAAAUGAAAAGUUGGAGAGAAAACUUGAACCACUAGGAUUGACUGUGAAUGAGAUAAAACCAGAUGGGCAUUGCCUUUACCGAGCUGUUGAAGACCAACUGACCCUCCUAUCAUGCGGUUCUCCACCUUACACCUACCAAGAGCUUCGAGAAAUGGCAGCUUCCUACAUGAGGAAACAUGCAUCUGAUUUCCUCCCUUUUUUCCUGUCAGAGAGCGCGGCAGAAGAAAAUUCUGAAAAUUCACUUACAGAUAGAUUUGAGAAUUACUGUAGAGAAGUGGAGUCCACAGCAGUGUGGGGAGGGCAGCUUGAGCUGGGUGCUUUAACUCACUGCCUGAGCAAACACAUACUGAUAUUUUCAGGAUCCUUCCCGGAUGUGGAGAUGGGAAAAGAGUACAAAUUUGAUGCCACGACCGGCAAAACAAAUCCAAGUAUUAUGCUAUCAUACCACAAGCAUGCUUUUGGUCUUGGGGAGCACUACAAUUCUGUUGUCCCUUGUUCGGUCAGAUAGAUUAUCUAUCAUCUGCCUACGUGCAUAUGAUGAAAAGGAUUGACUGCGGCCCAUGAAGGAAUAGGCGUAUACAUGGUGCACUUCCACAUCACUAUGACGUGUUUGUUAUAUGUAUGUGCUAGGCUUGGGAGCUGCUAGGGUGCUAGGUGGUGGCGCAGCAGCCGUGGAAUUGAUUGAUAUAAUAAAAUAAAAUGGCAAAUUAACCCACGUGAUGGUGUUGGUGGCCCUGGCGGAGGCUGUGGCGGUGAGGGAUAUAAAAGGAAACGAGAAACAAUGGCACCUCCCAUGUAUGAAGAUGCCCCGAUCCAACAUUCCUAUCGCAUGCAACGUGGCCUCGGAUCAUCCCUCUUGCUAACCGCCAUGCAUCCUGAAUAUUAAUGUCGAUCUUAGAUUUGAGGAAUAACUUGGAUUUUGAAAACGAUAAGAAAAUAGUGUGAAAAGAAUAUUUUAUGUCAUGUAUAGUACUCAAUUUGCUUAAUGGGGAAUCUUCUUUAUUUUU